AUGCUCUCUUUUAGCUGCCAUAUAAGGAUCUCUUAGCCAGUUGAGACCCUCCAUUGAAGCAUCUUGCUAGCAAGAGAAAGUUGGGAAGAUGAAUACCAGUCACAGAGAAGUACUUGUUCUACUCUUAGCAUUUUUCUUCCUGACAAGAGCGAAUGCACAAGAUACACUUGUGCCUGCAAUCAUAACCUUUGGUGAUUCUGCAGUUGAUGUGGGGAAUAAUGACUAUUUGCCCACUCUUUUCAAGGCAAAUUACCCUCCUUAUGGAAGAGAUUUUGUCAACCAUCAAGCCACUGGAAGGUUUUGCAAUGGAAAAUUAGCUACUGAUAUUACAGCUGAAACUUUGGGAUUUAAGAGUUAUCCACCUGCAUAUCUUAGCCCACAGGCGUCAGGGAAGAAUCUUCUUAUUGGAGCAAAUUUUGCUUCAGCUGCCUCUGGUUAUGAUGAGAAAGCUGCUGUUCUGAGUCAUGCGAUACCAUUGUCUCAACAAUUAGACUACUUCAAGGAAUACCAAAGCAAGUUGAACAAGGUUGCUGGCAGUCAAAAGGCAGCUUCAAUCAUCAAGGGUGCAUUGUACUUAUUGAGUGCUGGAAGCAGUGACUUUUUGCAAAAUUACUAUGUCAGUCCUUGGAUCAACAAAGCCUUCACUCCAGAUCAGUAUGGCUCAUACCUUCUGGGAUCAUUCACAAGCUUUAUCAAGGGAUUGUAUGGAUUGGGAGCUAGGAAAAUUGGAGUGACUUCACUCCCUCCACUGGGUUGCCUACCUGCUGCAAGAACUUUGUUUGGAUAUCAUGAGAACGGAUGUGUCUCAAGGCUGAAUACUGAUGCACAAGCAUUUAACAAAAAGAUCAGCUCUGCAGCGGCAAAUCUCCAAAAGCAACUUCCUGGUCUCAAGCUAGUUAUCUUUGAUAUUUAUAAGCCUCUCAAUGACCUUGUUCAGUCACCUUCAAAAUAUGGUUUUGUGGAGGCAAGGAGAGGUUGUUGCGGUACUGGAACUGUAGAGACGACAAUAUUAUUGUGCAAUCCAAAGUCACCAGGGACUUGUUCUAAUGCUACCCAGUAUGUGUUCUGGGACAGUGUCCAUCCUUCUCAAGCUGCUAACCAGGUUGUAGCUGAUGCCCUGCUUUUACAAGGCAUAUCCCUUAUCUCAUAAGCACUUAUUCAUAGCUCUACCUUGAUCUCUCUAAGACUUUCUAGUGUACCACUAUUUAUCAUGCAAGUGAAGCAGACAGUUUGUUCAUGUUUCUAUGCAUAAAUGUGUAAUUUGUUUGUCAUUGUCUCUGAAUAUUUCUGAUAAAUGCACUCAUUUGGAGGUUCCUGGACUGCCUAUUCCGCUAUUAUAAAGCCAUAAAGGGCACAAUCUGUUGCAUAGGAAGGGAUAUAACUGUGCUAAAUGCAGAAUGCAAAUUAUGUUUUGGUGUUUGUCAUUCAGAUCAAAGAAAUAAGAUUGCCCACCCGUUAUCUCCCA